UAUGGAGUUUUGUAUUUUCUUUGAAUGAAUCCAACAACCAAAUGGCCACGAGCCCACGACACAAUCAACCCAUGCAAAAACUUUGACACUUCUCUUCUUAUCACUUUGUUUUUGAUUGUGAUAAAACACUGCCUUUGAUCUCAUUCCCUCCACCUCGAUCGUUUUCUUUUAAUAGAGGGAAACAUUUGAUCCAUUCCAUAAUCAUAGAGUUAUUAGGAAGUUGAAGAAAUGGCUUCCAAGGCUUUGGUUCUGUUGAGACUCUUUGCAGUUCUUCUCGUCGUCUCCGAAGUAGCUGCGGCAUCCGGAAGGGAGUUGGGCACGGUCAAGCAAGAAGACGAAACAGUGCAACCUGAUCAACAAGGCUACGGUGGAGGCUCUGUUCCCGGAAGAGGUUAUGGAGGAGGAGGAAAUAUCGGAGGAGGUUACUGUCGCCAGGGCUGCUGCUACAGAGGUUACCGUGGCUGCUUAAGGUGCUGUUCUUAUGCUGGAGAAGCUGUUCAGACUCAGCCUGGUCACUAAAUAUACAAUAUAUUAACCACCAUGCGGUAUGUGUCUGUAUGGUUAUAAACUUAAUUAUAAAUAAGACAUGGUGUGUUUGUACACAAAAAGGGGAGGAUAUAUUUGGGAAGAUAAAAAAUACUGGAAUGAAGUUUCAUACUGUAUUUAUGUGUUUGAGUUCGAGUUCUAGUUUGUGCCGUUUGCAUAAUAAAAUCGUAUGUAGUUAGUUAACGUUA